AGAACUCAGUCAUCUGCUCUUUGUGGAUGCUAAGUAAGGGAGGGACAAUGUUAAAAACAGUUUGCUUCCAGCAGCGACGGAGAUGGGUGGGGAUUGUUGACUGCUGUGUGAAGGCCACCACUGCUUUUUUUUACGCACACACACACACACACACACACAUACAGGAUUAAGGGCUUUCCCAUCCAGCAUAUCUGUCAGUGUAGCAGAAGCUGGAGACUUGGCAAGUGCCCAUCAGCUUUGGGAUUUGCUUUGAACUGAAAACAGUCCCCGCAAAUUUCUACACAGUAUUGUACGGUAAUAAAGGAACCAAGCUUCAUCAUGACGACAGAAGUCAGCUCGAGCGCUGCGAUUGAAAUUCACCAGCAGCAGCAGUCGGCUUCAGAGGAGCGAGAGCCUGGUGACUCGGAGGAGCAGGAAACUCAGCCGGAGGGAAGUCAGCCGGUGGCCGAGGUCGGUGACAAACGUGCUGGGCAGGACCAGGAACAGGACACCACAACGCCCGCCAACGGUGGCCUAGCCCACCCAGGAGAGGCUGAGAAGGAGCAGUCUUCGGGCAGCAAGGAUUGUCGCGUUUCUUACCAGCCUGGCUCAAGAGGCCAAGAUCUCAGGUGUCGGAAGAGGAGAGUGGGAAAGAGACCGGGGCAGCUUCCUCGGAGGAAGACACAGCAGCAGGGAAGCGCGGGCUGCUCAAUUCAGUCAAUCAGACUGAGGAAGAGGACAUAGAACUGAUUGAAAUAAGAGCACCCACAGCUGACCAGGAGUCGGAUGAUAAGAUCGAAAUUGAGGGCAAUUCGGACAUACAUUCGUUGAGCAGUGCUGAAACGCAGCCUGCUCAAGAGGAAAAGCGAGACGACUCCAUUCCAGAAAUUAAAGAAGAAAUAAAGGGAGAAAUCCUCGAAAAGAAGGAAGCCAAAAGUCCUGAGCAGGAAAACAAAGGUCAGGAUUUGAAAUCGCUUCCUAAAGUUGCCAAAAAAUCCAGGACCAUGCGUUGCAAGGUGACUUUGCUGGAUGAAGCCGAAUUUGAAUGUGAAGUCGAGAAACAUUCCAAGGGCCAUGAGCUCUUCACUAAAGUGUGCGAUCACCUUAAUCUUCUGGAGAAAGACUACUUCGGGUUGGCCAUUUGGGAUUCGUCAAACCAGAGAAUCUGGUUGGACCUCACCAAAGAGAUUAAGAAGCAGGUACAAGGAGGACCUUGGGAUUUUAUAUUCAAUGUGAAGUUUUACCCACCUGACCCUGCGCAGCUGACUGAAGAUAUAACCAGGUAUUACUUGUGUCUUCAGCUCCGCCAGGACAUAGUGACCUUAUGUCUGCCAUGUUCCUUUGUUACUCUGGCCCUUUUGGGUUCAUAUACUAUUCAGUCUGAACUGGGGGAAUACGAUCCAGAGGUACACGGAACAAAUUACCUCAGUGAAUUCAAACUGGCCCCGAACCAGACGAAAGAACUGGAAGAGAAGAUUAUGGAGCUUCAUAAAACGCAUAGGGCUAUGACUCCAGCACAGGCAGAUCUGCAGUUCUUAGAGAAUGCCAAGAAGCUUUCAAUGUACGGUGUGGAUUUUCACCCUGCAAAGGAUCUAGAGGGAGUGGACAUCAUGUUAGGAGUUUGUUCUGGCGGUCUCCUUGUAUACAAAGACAGACUUCGAAUCAAUCGCUUUGCCUGGCCUAAGGUUCUCAAAAUUUCCUACAAACGAAGCAGUUUCUUCAUUAAGAUUCGUCCAGGAGAGGAUCAGUGUGAAAGCACUGUUGGUUUCAAGUUGCCUAAUUACCGUGCUGCCAAAAAAUUGUGGAAGGUCUGUGUGGAACAUCAUACGUUCUUCAGGCUAACGACACCAGAAGGCACGCCAAAAAGCAAAUUCCCAUCUCUAGGUUCCAAAUUCCGCUACAGUGGUCGAACACAGGCACAGACCAGGGAAGCAAGCGCUCUCAUUGACAGACCGGCUCCCCGCUUUGAGCGCACCGCAAGUAAACGGGCAUCCAGAAGCCUCGAUGGAGCUAAACCUAAAUUCCCCAAAGUUUACAUUGACAUACCUGUGGAAGAGGACUCUGAACUCAGAUGCACGGACGCAUUCAGAGAGCUGCCAGCUGCAGUAGUUGAGACUCCAGACAAAAGCCCGCAGGCAGCGACUGCUACCUCCGCACCUACCAUAUCUCAAAGCCAUUCAGUAGAAGCCAGCAGCCCACCGACGGUCCAGACUAUGAAAGUCACUGACCCAAAAGUAGCUAAAGAUGAAAUGAAGAUCGAAGGCAAGCAGGAGGAAACUAUCGUCGCAAAAAGAGAACCGGUGCCAACUCAGGAAGUUAAGGUCAUUCCACAGCAGGCGGAAGUCAGAGCAGCAACUGCCACGACGCACGAAAAAACGCAGCAACAGAACGAAGGAGAGGAAGAGGUGGUGCGAAUGCGUAAGAAGAGAUCAAAGAAAAUUGAGGGUGAAAACAUUUAUAUCAGGCAUAGCAAUUUAAUGUUGGAGGACCUAGAUAAAACCCAGGAUGAGAUAAUGAAACACCACGCUAGUAUAAGCGAACUCAAGCGCAGUUUUAUGGAGUCUGUACCUGAGCCACGACCCAGCGAAUGGGAUAAACGGCUUUCCGCACACUCGCCUUUUCGAACGUUGAACAUUAAUGGACAAGUUCAGUCUGGCACGGAAGGAAGAUUAAUAGAAAGCUUAUACGGACACUUGCGCACCAGCGAAAAGCCUUCGGUAAACCAGGGAACCUACUUCCCCUUCGGAACGCCUGAGAGGACCAACCGUGCAGGACAGACUCCAACUAAACGUCCUUUGUCUUACCCUUUUUCCCAGGCUCAGCCGCCACUUGUGAAGACACAAACUGUGACCAUCUCCGACGUGUCCAACGCUGAGAAUGAAAUUGCAACAAAGGAAGUUCCUGUGGUUCACACCGAAACCAAGACCAUCACCUAUGAAGCAGCACAGCUGGAAGAUGGGAAUGGUGAGCCGGGGGUAUUGAUGAGCGCUCAGACCAUCACUUCUGAGACAGUCUCCACCACCACAACCACUCAGAUCACAAAGACUGUAAAGGGUGGAAUUUCAGAAACCAGAAUUGAGAAGCGAAUUGUAAUCACAGGUGAUGCAGAUGUUGACCAUGAUCAGGCUUUGGCACAAGCCAUCAAAGAAGCCAAAGAACAGCAUCCUGACAUGUCCGUGACUAAGGUGGUGGUGCAUCAAGAGACCGAAAUAGCUCAAGAGGAAUGAGACGCAAGAUGGAAAAAUUGCAGAGAGAAAUUUUGCCUCCCCCAUCUCCGCCACACCCUCAAACCCCACUGCUUGACCAUGCAACAGAGGAUUGAUUUUUUUUUUGAAGAAAUAACUUUUUAGGAUUUGACCACUGCGUUCUUGGCAAAUUCAGCACCCGUUUGAUAACCACAGCAAGUCUUAUAAAAUGGAGCCAACAGCACAAAGUACAUUUUACAAAACGAGCAAAAGGGGUCAAAGUCGAUGUGCAGUCUAUUACUCUCGUUUUCUCCUGUGUUUUUUUUAAUACACUGGAAAACAUUCUCUUUGAUAGUUUUGUAAGCUCCGUACCUUUUUAAGCUAUUUUCAGCACCACACACCCCCCCCAAAUUGGAUUGAGAAAACUGUCUAGCCAUCCGAUUAUUUUUUUUUCCCCACUGUCUGUUUUGUGCGGAGGGGGGUGGGGGAGAAGGAGAGGUGUUCAGAGUAAAAGUGUUUGAUAGUUAGGAUGCAAAUAGUUUGUAAAAAGAGUUUGGGGGUGGUGGGAGAGAAAGAGAAAGGAGGAGGGGGCGCGGGGUCUGUGGGAGAAAAAGACAAAUUCCAGCAGAGUUGAAUCAUGAAACAUUUUAUACUGUGAACUAAAAGAGCUGUGAAUAUUUGUGAAUUUUAGCAUUUUAGCAGGAAGAACAUUUGUGAUCUGUCAGGAGUCUUUUUUUGCUUUUAUUUUAAAAGCUGUUGUAUCCUUUUUUUAACGAAACCGACUGUUUAAAUUUGACAUUCAGCAUCAACUAGGUGACACUAGUGUGGCUGAUUUUAGUGGGUGUUUGGUAAACUUAUUUGCAACAUAGAAAACUUUAUAUAAAAAAAACUCAAUGUAUCAAAGCAGAAAAAAAGCUUUUAAAUUUUUAUUCUAUUUUUAAAAAGAUAAAGCUAUAAGAGAAAGGAUACAACAGCUUUGAUCUCGUCAGUAACUUGUCAUAGAGCUUUGAAAAAAAAACGGCCAAAAAAAAAAAAGCACAUUCGAUUAAGUAGGGUUGGGACCAUCAAACUGAAUUAAGUUAUACGGAAUAAGUUAUAUAGGAUCGCAUUAGUAUUUGUUUGAGACAAACGCUCAAAAGAUAUAUUGCAAACCAAUUAAUUUGACCUUUGAAGACAGUAUCAUUAAUAACCUUUCCUUUGAUAUGUAUUAUUUCGGUAUAAUUUUUUUUCUUACUGUCUACAGCACAUAAAACCCAGCCUCAACGCAAUAAUCACAACUCUCUCGCUUUGGGCUUCAAACAACUGAUUAGUUCAUUACGAGACUCUGAAAUACCUGCAGCCUAUAAGCCGGGAGGGGGGGGGAUUUUUUUUUCUUGCACAUCGAAGCUCAGCAUUCACCACCAUCCAGUGACCUACAAAGAGUGUUCAGCGCUGCAAAUCGAUGUACAUUUGCAACAUUAUGAUCCCAACCCUAUUUUCGAAAAGAGCUCAGUACUUAUGAUUCCAUUUUCUAGAUGUGAAAUUCUACUGAUUUGAAGGAUUUUUUUUGUAAAGUUCUUAAGUACAGUAAUUACAUUGUAUAGAUUAGCAGUUUUAAAACCUCAGCAUAAAUUUUUCAGAAUUUGGUGGAAAAUAUUAAAAAAACGCACCCAGAAUUUGUAGAUAUUACUAUUAGUGUGAAACUAUUUCACUGUUGUGAGACUUCAUUCACGCCAUUAAUCAUGGUAAAAAUUUGUAAUAGAAAAUGUAGUAGCAUUGGGUAGCUGGAAGUGUUGACUGAUAUCUUGCUUCUAUGGCUUUUUCAAUACAGUUUUAAAAGAAAUAAAAGUUUUUGAUCAUAAA